AGGAGGAGGAGGGAGCGGAGGCGGGGACCAGGCGGCCCAGCCCAGCCCAGCGCCUUGCCCCGGCCGGACACGGCGCCCGGGGCGGAGAUGGCGGACGAGCCGCAGAAGAAGCCGCACUUGUCGGCCCUGGUGGGGCACACUAACGGGCUCACCAAGCCCGCCUCGCUCGCCGCCACCACCGCCGGCAGCCGGGCGGGAGGCGCCCCCGCCCCGUCCAAGAAACUGGUCAUCAAGAACUUCAGAGAAAGGCCCAAGCUGCCCGAUAACUACACGCAGGACACCUGGCAGAAACUUCACGACGCCGUGGGAGCGAUCCAGAGCAGCGUUUCCAUCAAGUACAACCUCGAGGAGCUCUACCAGGCUGUUGAAAAUCUCUGUUCUUACAAAGUCUCUGCUACACUGUACAAACAGCUGCGACAAGUCUGUGAAGAUCAUGUGAAAGCACAAAUUCUUCAGUUUAGAGAAGAUUCUCUGGAUAGUCUUUUAUUUUUAAAGAAGAUAAAUAAAUGCUGGCAAGAUCAUUGCAGACAAAUGAUCAUGAUCAGAAGCAUUUUCUUAUUUCUGGAUCGCACAUACGUACUGCAGAAUUCAAUGCUUCCUUCUAUAUGGGAUAUGGGGCUAGAGUUAUUUAGAAACCAUGUCAUUAGUGAUAAGCAAGUUCAAAACAAGACUAUUGAUGGAAUCCUUCUGCUGAUUGAACGAGAGCGAAGUGGUGAAGCUGUGGACAGAAGUUUGCUGCGAAGUUUGUUGAGCAUGCUGUCUGAUCUGCAGGUUUACAAGGAAUCCUUUGAACAGAGGUUUCUGGAAGAGACAAAUUGUUUAUAUGCUGCAGAGGGCCAAAGAUUAAUGCAAGAAAGAGAGGUUCCAGAAUAUCUUCACCAUGUUAAUAAACGUUUAGAAGAAGAAGGAGACAGAGUGAUAACAUACUUAGACCACAGCACACAGAAACCACUGAUAGCUUGUGUGGAGAAACAGCUACUAGGAGAACACUUAACAGCUAUCUUGCAAAAAGGACUUGAUAACCUGCUUGAUGAAAACAGAAUAUCAGACUUGACCCAGACGUACCAGCUGUUCAGCCGGGUAAAAGGGGGGCAGCAGAUCCUUUUGCAACAUUGGAGUGAAUACAUCAAGAACUUUGGGACAACAAUAGUGGUUAAUCCUGAAAAGGACAAGGAUAUGGUGCAAGAGCUACUAGAUUUUAAGGAUAAAGUGGACCAUAUCAUAGAAGUGUGCUUUCAGAAAAAUGAAAAAUUUAUAAACUUGAUGAAGGAGUCCUUUGAAACAUUUAUCAACAAGAGACCAAAUAAGCCUGCAGAAUUGAUAGCAAAAUAUGUGGAUUCCAAGUUAAGAGCUGGUAAUAAAGAAGCGACAGAUGAAGAGUUGGAAAGAAUCCUUGACAAAAUCAUGAUCAUAUUUAGAUUUAUUCAUGGUAAAGAUGUGUUUGAGGCAUUCUAUAAGAAGGACUUGGCCAAAAGACUGCUGGUUGGAAAAAGUGCAUCAGUAGAUGCUGAGAAGUCCAUGUUGUCAAAGCUUAAACAUGAAUGUGGGGCUGCUUUUACCAGCAAACUGGAGGGCAUGUUCAAGGACAUGGAACUGUCAAAAGAUGUCAUGGUUCAGUUUAAGCAGUAUAUGCAGAACCAAAGUGACCCAGGAAAUAUAGACCUGACAGUAAAUAUAUUAACUAUGGGAUAUUGGCCAACUUAUACACCCAUGGAAGUCCACUUAAAUUCAGAGAUGAUAAAGCUUCAAGAGGUGUUUAAAACCUUUUAUCUAGGAAAACACAGUGGUCGAAAGCUUCAGUGGCAGACCACUCUAGGGCAUGCUGUCCUGAAGGCAGAAUUUAAGGAAGGAAAGAAAGAAUUUCAAGUAUCGCUCUUUCAGACAUUAGUGCUGCUUAUGUUCAAUGAAGGAGAUGAAUUCAGUUUUGAAGAAAUUAAAAUGGCCACAGGUAUAGAGGACAGUGAAUUAAGAAGAACCUUGCAGUCUUUAGCUUGUGGGAAAGCGCGAGUAUUGAUUAAAAAUCCAAAGGGCAAGGACGUCGAAGAUGGAGACAAAUUCAUCUUUAAUGGUGAUUUCAAGCAUAAGUUGUUUAGAAUAAAGAUCAAUCAAAUCCAGAUGAAAGAAACAGUUGAGGAACAGGUUAGCACAACUGAAAGAGUAUUCCAAGACAGACAAUAUCAGAUUGAUGCUGCUAUUGUACGAAUAAUGAAGAUGAGAAAGACUCUCGGUCAUAAUCUUCUUGUUUCUGAAUUGUAUAAUCAACUGAAAUUUCCAGUGAAGCCUGGAGACUUGAAAAAGAGGAUCGAGUCUCUCAUUGACAGGGACUAUAUGGAGAGAGACAAAGACAACCCCAAUCAGUACCACUAUGUUGCAUAAUGGAGAGGAAAUACUUUUAUU